AUGGUAGUGCCGUUAAAUUGUUUACGCCUAGGCGACACUUUUGAUGAUAUUAUCAAGGUUAAUGUUGGCGAUAAACUUGAGGAUGAUAAUAGCGUUGAAAUCGAUAUUAGCGAUGCCACUGUCUCAGAUCUCAAAACGCUUAUUCGGCAUUAUCCAAAUAAAAGACCAAGGCUUGAUUUUAAUAGCAUUCCUUUAGAUUUAGAACGGCCUCCUUUAUCACUUUUAAAUACUGAUGGACUUUCUUGGGAUUAUCAAAAAUCGCCUAAGUUGGAAGAAGAAUUAAGAGUGCAUGUUCGGAAUCUAUAUGGUGUGUUUAAAGAAAAUAAACGGGAUAAAUCAAAUACACCGAUAUUUUUUAUGGUGUCUGGUGCUGGAUGUGGGAAAUCUCGAAAUGCAACAGAGAUUCCUAAAAUACUCCGCAGAAUAUUUGUAAAUGAUCCAGAGCUGGGAUCUCGUUUGCAAGAAGCACUCAUCUUCAACAUCCCCUUAGAAAAUGAAACAAAAAUCAACUUGUCUACCGAAACCGAUGCAAAUGUUUUAAUUUCUAAGCGAAUGUUAUACCAGCUUCAGGAUCAGCUUCUCUGGAAUGAAAUUCGUGAUGAUAUGCAGACCCUUUCAAUUACUGAUGUACUUAAAAGAUGUGCUAAUCAAAAAAACGUAGCACUAAAGGAACUGACCGUGAUCCUCAUUGUUGAUGGAUUGCAAACUACUCUAAUCAAUGAAAAUGAUGGCAUGGACAAACGAUCAUUGUUCUAUUCUUUUUUGACGGAGAUAUCUCUUAUUGCCACGAACAAUAAAUACCCCUUUGUUAUUGCGUGUUGCACAGCAACUUUAGCACGUCCAUUCCAUCAAAUGGUUGCUGAUUCUCAUCAAAAGCGGGUUUUCCUUCCAAUUCGUUCUUUAAAUCCUCCCCAAAAAAAGGGAAAGCCAGUCUUUAAAGAUGCACCUCUCCUUAAUAUGUUAAUAAGCGAUAUGGGUGGAAAUGGCAGAGCGUUAGAAGCACUUGAAUCAGCUUUAAUAGAUGUAGAUAUCGAAAAUGACAGCUUUGUUUCAAUUGCGGAAAAAGUAUGUUAUAAACUUGAGGAUCGUUAUAAUGAAUGGAUUAACAAAACUCAUUAUCUAAUACCUGUUCUUCGAGUUAUUCUGACACAUACCACUUUGAUAGCAUCAGUUCCCAUUCCUGGCACAAAUAUUUUACCGGAAGAACUCUCAAAACUAGGGCUGAUCAAAUUUGAGAAACAAAAUGAAUUUAGCGGUGAAGGAACUUUAACAUGUCCAUAUAUCUGGUUGUGGCUAAUGGCAAAUGCAUCAAAAAGUGAUAGUAUUCUACGUAAUUGGAAUUUUAAGUAUUAUAAAGAAUUACAGACUGAUGGGGACCCAACCAUUCCUCCUGGUUGUCAAUUUUGGCAACAUUUCGAACAUUUCAUUGCUUCUUUUCGUGUCCUUAAAUCAAAUGUAUUUGAAAUUGAUAAAGAAAUCAAAUUACAAGAUAUUCAUGCUGGUGCAAAGCAUAACUUUGGCACAGCUACCAUUAAGAACAUACCAUUAUCAUUGGCGAAAGCUACCCGGCAACAAAGUACCAAAUCAAGCGCUUAUUCUGCCAAUAAAACGGUAACUUGCAAGAGAGGCGAUGAUCAAAUUAAUCUUAAUCUUGAAGAUGCAUCUGCCUGCAUAAUCAAUGGAUCGAGUGCACCUGCUGGCGAUUCAUUUUGCCCAAUUUAUUUUGCAAACACUCCUCAACUUCAUAUAGAAAGCCAUCAAUGCAAGUGCCUAAAGUCAACAACGGUGAACCAAACAACGUUUCAUGAAGAGCGUGAAAAAGCAUGUGAUAAGGAUGAUAUUUUUAUACUUUACACUUGUGGGUCUUCCAAUGUAACGAGAUUGCCACCAUUGUCUGCUAUUGUUGACUGUGAUCGUUGGAAGUUGUAUUUUGGUCCCUUUGCAGGAAGGGCAUUCCUCUUAGUGCAAAGUGAUAAAUUCAACAUCAACAAUUGCUCAAAAUCUGAGCUGACAUCAAUCUGUGGGAUAGGCCCUAAACGUGCCGAUCUUUUGGAGUCUAUGAGACCAUAUGACGAUCUAGAAGAUUGCAUUUACAAAACUAAAAUUCCCCGUAAAUUCUUGAUUAAUUUCCGAUUCGGUUGA